AUGGUGCCGUUGCUAUGGAAGGGGCUGGUGGGCAUCAGCCUCUUUGCCCUAGCCCACGAGGCCUUUUCCACUGUGCAGUAUCAUUCUUAAUUGUGAUUAACAGAAAAGGAAGAUGAAUCACUGCCAAUAGAUACAGUUCUUCAGACACUUCUGGCCUUUGCAGUUACCUGUUAUGGUAUAGUUCAUGUUGCAGGGGAGUUUAAAGACAUGGAUGCCACUUCAGAACUAAAAGAUAAACUAUUUGACACACUAAGGAAUCACCCAUCAUUUUAUGCGUUUAAUCAUCAUGGUCGAGUACUGUUCCAGCCUUCGGGUACAACAAAUUCUUCAAACCAAGAUGCAUUGUCCUCUAACACAUCAUUGAAGUUACGAAAACUUGAAUCACUGUGUCAAGAUUUUUACAAAUUAUAA